AUGGCUGAGAGCAAACCGCUGAGGUAUGCCGACAUCGGCAUCAAUCUAGGAGAUCCCGUCUUUCGCGGGGUAUACCACGGUAAAAAGGCACACGAAGAUGAUCUCGACGCCGUGAUUGAACGAGCCUUGAAUGUCGGCUGCACAAAAUUCAUGGUCACCGGAUCAAGCUUGGAAGAGUCUCGACAUGCGGUGGAAAUCGCAAAGCAAUACCCUGGCAAGUGUUACGCGACCGUCGGAAUACAUCCCUGCUCGACGAAAGACUUCGACCACUAUCCAAAAGGGUCUGAGGCAUUGAUUCAAGACCUUCGAGCACUUGCCAUCCAAGCAAAGGACAGUGGACAUGCAGUCGCUUUUGGGGAGAUCGGUCUAGACUACGAUCGGCUCUUUCUAUCGCCCAAAGAUGUCCAACUCAAGUAUUUUGAACUUCAACUCGACCUGGCCGAAGAGCUGCAAAUGCCGCUCUUUCUGCACUCAAGGGCAUGUAGCGAGGAUUUUGAGAGGAUUCUCUCGGCACGACUGGACAAACUCCCCAAGCGAGGACUGGUACAUAGCUUCACCGGCACUGUGCCCGAGAUGGAGUCGUUGUUGAAGCUUGGAUUCGAUAUUGGGAUCAACGGCUGCAGCAUGAAGACAGAAGAAAACCUGCAGGCGGUCAAGAUGGUCCCUCUGGAUAGACUACAGAUCGAGACAGAUGGUCCAUGGUGCGAGAUCAGAGCGUCACAUGCGUCGUCACAGUACCUGAAGGACGGCGGCCCGGCGGUUCCCAAAGCGGUGAAGAAGGAAAAGUGGCAGAAGGGGCUGAUGGUCAAGGGUCGCAACGAACCAGCUACCAUCAUCCAAGUAGCGCAUGUGAUUGCAAGGGUCAAAGGCGUCUCGGUGGAAGAAGUGUGCGAGGCGGCGUGGAAGAACUCAACCGAGAUGUUCGGCCUGGGGAUCGGCAACCCCUAG